GCUCCCUACGAUGGGGAGGAACCCAGCCCCCGUAGCCUGUCCCCCUCUACUCCAGAUGAAGUCACGGUAUCGCCGGACUACUUCUCCCCACCUGCCCCUUCCUCCAGAACCCAGGAGAGCAAAGAGCGGGAGGGGCGGAGGCACAAUGUCACCCCGAGGACUAAGAAAAGAAGCUUACAGGAGGAGGAAGGGCAGGGAGCGGGAGGUCAGGGAGGGGUGCUAGAUGGAGGACACACAGAAACAUCUCAUGAUGGUAAUGCAGGGCCCGUUCUCAUGAAUGGCUCCAUAGCAGAGGAACAGGGGUAUUUGGGUGGUGCACACAGCGGGUGGCCUCACAUCCUGGGCGCACCGAAGACGUAGAAGUGAAGAAAGUGAAACGUGAACCGGUGGAGGACAGCAGACCCUCCAGAACAGAGGUUGAGGAACUGGUAAUGGGUACAGAGAAUGGACCGGAGGAGAAAGGUGGUCCUCACAGAGAUCCACAGCACUGGGCAUCCUCUAAGUGGGAGACGGCGGAGUCUGUAGACAGCCUGAUAGAUGAACUCCUAGACCGAGCUCCGGCCGAGGCCAACGGGACUCAUCUGAGCAUUGAGAAGCUGGGAGAGGAGCUGAAGGAGAUGGAGGACAGCAUGAGGGGGGUGGCUGUUCAAGAGGAGCCGACGGAGAGACACAUGAGGAUCCCUUCCGAGGAGGAUGAGGAUGGAGAUAUCAUCAGCAGAGAGAUUGAAAACACUAAGAGCAGAUCAGAUUCCCUGACCCUCCUCCUGAGCAGUCCUUUGAGAGCACAGACCAGCACUCAGCCUUAUACUGGACCCUUCAUGGCCAUCCUGUUUGCCAAGCUGGAGAACAUGCUCACCAACUCUCUGUAUGUGAAUUUCCUGCUGACGGGGAUCAUUGCUCAGCUGGCCUGCCACCCGCAGCCCCUCCUCCGCUCCUUCCUUCUCAAUACCAACAUGGUGUUCCAGCCCAGCGUCAAGUCUCUGGUGCAGGUCCUCGGCUCUGUGAAGAAUCGGAUCGAAGCGUUUGCAGCCUCUCAGGACGAUUUCCCCACACUACUCUUCAAAGCAAAGAAGUUUCUGAUCGCCCGAGGAAAGCUGGACUGGAGUGAGGGGCCCCAACUCUGUCCCCUGCCCUACGCCGCUCUGACACUCUGGUAAAAAAGCCGCAAACCGUCCAUCGGGGAGCUGAUAUUACGGCACACCAACAGCCCAACUCGAGCGAGGCAAGCCGCACAAAUGGCCUUUCAGCACGUCCGGGACGGGCAGGUCCUGCACGCACUUUCCGGGACAUCCAUCUUCAAGUCGUCGGCGGAAAAGCAGAACGAGGCGCUGCGAGUCAAGAAUGCUGUGUACUGCGCAGUAAUAUUCACCGAGUUCAUGAAGGAGCUGGCGGCCAUAACGCAGGAGCACGCCGUCACUUCGCCGUACCUUCCGGCGGACACGGAGGAGUGA